CUCUUAACAACUGGCACACCACUAGUAGAUAAAGAGAAAAGGCACCAGGCCUGUAAUCGCCUUCAAAAAAGGUAUGAAUUUAGCAAAGAACAAGCAUUUGCAUUAAUUCCUCACGAGAGAAUUGGGAGAAGUAAAAGCCAAAUAAUCUCCAAAGAAGAAGGAGAUGUGGAUAUAUGCUUAGUAUCUGAUACCACUCUAGAAGGGGAGACUAUCAAACAAAUGGCUCAGCAUAUUAUGAAAGAUAAACUUAGUGAAAAAGAUUCUAAUACCAUCGUUGCCUUAUCCCACCUCUCUAGGCUUCGAAGAGAAUUAUGGCCUCUCAACGCUUCAGAAAAAAUAAUUUCUGCUACAUUGAAUCCGGAGGUAACUAGGUUAUCCAAUAAAGUUCAAAAAGAGCAUAGUGAGCAACGCGAAAAUGAAAGAAUUAAUUUUCCAGACCACUUCUCGUUAGAAUCGGUCAAGAAAAGAUUGGAUAAAUACGAUGUAUCAAAUAUACCUGACAAACAGGCCCUAGCCGAUGUAAUGAUAAUGCUCUGCAUUCGUCCGGCUGAAAUUAAAAACUUGCGUAUAUCUAAUGGGACUGUAACUGGAUAUGCAAAAAACCGAGAUCAACAAGAUAUUCCUCGAUUAAAGGACCCAGGAAAACUUGGAUCUACGUACUUAAAUACAUUUCUGAAAAAAGAUGAAUUUAUUUCUGAAAGUGGUGAACCACUACUUCCUAGCUCUUUACGAAAAUUAGGGGCAGUGUUCACUUCUGUAGCACAUGGGCCUAAAAAUGUAUCAAAAGCUAACACUUAUACUAGUGAAGCCCUUCGGCAUUCACCCAAUAACCAUGCUUCUCUAUCUAAGAGAUACACUAUAAUCAAUAUGCGAAAAAGAGAACUGUAUAAUCAGGCAAGACCAUUCUUUAUCGAAGAUAAAAGCUAA